CUCCUCUCAAAAACACCCCAAUCUCUAAUACACAAGCACAAUUUCAUAGCAUCCAAGCUUUUCCUUACUCAGAGAAACACAGAGAAGAGAGAACAAAAAUGGCUUCAACCUCAGCUGUUUCUAUGGCCAUGCCUUCAACUCGUACAAUCCAAAAGCGGUUGCCAAGCUCUGAAGCUUUCUUCAAGCCAUUACCUGUCAAACCAUCAAAAGCAGUAGUAGCCCACAAGCCCAACGCACGGCUGCAGAUCAAUGCCGGAUCCUUCAAGGAGAAGUUUGCAACUGGAUUGACAGCUGCUGCUCUCACUGCUUCCAUGGUUAUCCCAGAGGUUGCUGAGGCUGCAGGUCCCGGCGUCUCCCCAUCUCUUAAGAACUUCUUGCUUAGCAUUGUUGCAGGUGGUGUGGUGCUUGGUGCCAUUGUCGGUGCCGUUAUUGGUGUCGCCAAUUUCGACCCUGUCAAGAGGAGUUGAAAUGUAGAGGCUUAUCUAUUAAUUCAAUUCUGAGGGCUUUUUUCCUUUUUCUUUUAUGUAUCUCUUCUCUGUCUCAAUCAACUCUAUGUUGUGUGUGUAAUCCGUGAAAUCUUUUAGCUGUAAUUUGGUCCAAAAAUUGUCAA